CUUCUUUAAACACUCUUCUUUUUUUUAUUUGUACGGGGGGCCUGUCAAAUAUGUCACUUACACGUAAUUUAGUCGAUUUGUACAUGCUGGCUACUGCUGCGACCAAAGUGGGGUCUUCAGCUAUCGCCAGUCAAUCGUCGUCCCUUUGUCUUCAUGUCAAGACUUCCAGUUUACUUAAUCCUACAUCCAUGCAUCAUGACCACCAUGAACAAGCUAUCGAAGUCCCCUUUCCUGACUUUGUCGAGCAAACGGUCGAAGUGACGUCUCAAGAACGUGUAGAAACCACCGUUGUCGAACACACGGUAGUCAAGGAGGAACCCCUUACGGAACAGUUGGACACGAAGCACAGUACGAUAAUAGCAGUGGAAAAGAAGGAACCCUCUGUGGACAUAAAGCAUAGCGCGACAAUUGAAAAGCAAGAAACACGUAAAGUAGAAUCGAGCAUGGACAGACAGGAGGAAACUCGGGUGGAUCCUGUCGUCAAAGAUAUUUUAAAGGACGUCGAAAAGAAGCGAGUGUUAAAGGAAUCGCAUAUUCCUACCUCACGAUUUGGUAGACUUUGGAAUUAUGGUACACUUGCUACAGGAAUGGGUAUGGGAGCGAUUAAUGAGUCCUUGAAACGAGCUACGGGUUUAUCGCAAGACACCUCAGGAUCGGUCAUGUUGAGCGAGAAUAAUGUGAAUCGAUUGGUGGAUAAACUUUCGCGUAUGCGAGGAGCAGCACUCAAGAUGGGACAAAUGUUGAGUAUUCAAGGUAUUCAAGCGUCUGGGGAGAAAAGUGGAUUACCACCUCAAUUAGAAGAGAUUUUAUUACGUGUGCAUGAUAGUGCAAAUUAUAUGCCUCAAAAGCAAAUGGAAAAAGUGAUGGCAAAGGAAUUAGGCACAGAGUGGCGAUCUCAAUUUAAAGAAUUUGACCCUAUUCCUAUUGCUGCUGCUUCCAUUGGUCAAGUGCAUGCAGCCACUUUAGCUUCGACUGGUGAAUCUGUGGUGAUCAAAAUUCAAUAUCCCGGUGUGGCCGAAUCCAUUGAUAGUGAUCUCAGUAAUUUAAAAGCAUUAGUGACAUUUAGUAAUUUAUUACCUCGUGGAUUGUAUCUGGAUAAUACGAUUAAGGUGACAAAAGAAGAACUAGCAUGGGAAUGUGAUUAUAUUCGUGAAGCGAAUAAUGCGAUUCGAUUCAAACACUUAUUAGAAGGUGAUGCACGAUACAAGGUACCCAGUGUAGUACAAGAUUUAUGUACAAAACGUGUACUGGUGAGUGAAAGAUUACAGGGUCGUGUUCUGAGUAAAGCGGUAGAGGAACCACAGGCGGUACGAGAUGACUUGGGAGAACAUUUAUUACGAUUAUGUUUACGUGAAGUGUUCUCGUUCCGAUUUAUGCAGACAGAUCCCAACUGGAGUAACUUCUUUUAUAAUCAGAGUCAAGUGGAAUUAUUAGAUUUUGGAGCUUGUCGUGAGUAUUCAGAAUCGUUCUUACAACAGUAUGGUCGUAUCUUGAUGUCUGCAGCACGUGAUGAUCGUGAAGGCGUGUGGCAAUAUUCCAAAGAGCUGGGAUUUGUGACGGGUUAUGAAACACAAGUGAUGCGAGAUGCUCAUAUUGACAGUGUGAUGGUCUUGGGUUCUCCUUUCUCCAAAAACGCACCAGAUAUCUAUGACUUUCAACAUCAAACGAUUACUCAACGUGUACGUGAAACUAUCCCUGUGAUGUUGCGUCAUCGUUUAACCCCUCCACCUGAUGAAACGUAUGGUCUCCACAAAAAGUUAUCUGGUGCUUUCCUUCUCUGUACUAAACUUGGAAGUCGAUUUGAUACCAAGGCUGUUUGGAGAGAAGAAGUCGAAAGUAAAUUUAAGCUGUAAAUUGGAAAAAAAAUAAAAUAGUCACACUCGCGUUUUUUUUUUUUUUUUCUUUCUUUUCUUUUCUCUGUUUUCUUAUUUUAUUGUUU